AUGGUGAACAUUCGUACCUUCGCCUCUGUCACAUAUUUAGCGCAAGUCGCCUUUCUAGGAGGCAAUGCGCAGACCAAUGGGUCCCAGCUCCUUGAAAUCGUCCCGAAGCGUGAGGUUCUGUACGUGGGCGGACAAUACACCAACAUCACUAUUUACGUCGAGAAGCUCUCUCCUCACCCGGCCCCAGCGAGUCCACCACUUCCCAUUAUCUUCAUUGCAGGCGCGGCACAAACUGGCACCAAUUUCCUUGAGACUCCUGAUGGACGGCCUGGAUGGGCAUCAUACUUCAUCUCCAAAGGUCAUACCGUCUACCUCUCAGACCAGCCGGCUCGUGGUCGCUCAUUCUGGUUCCCUGGGCAAGGAAAUCUUGGGUCUAUUGGCCCUCCCAGCUCCGUGUCUGAUAUCUUCACCGACGUGGCGAAUAAUGGAAACCGAUGGCCGCAGGCAAAGCUUCAUACACAAUGGCCCGGUACCGGUCGCAUGGGUGAUCCAACCUUCGACGCUUUUUAUAGAAGCCAGGUGCAGCUUCAGACAGAUCGCUUCAUUGGCGAGGAACAGAAUGCGCAGGCAUAUUCAGCGCUUGUAGACAUUGUAGGCGCGUGUUAUAUAAUCAGCCACUCACAGGCUGGUGCAUAUGGCUGGAGAGUCGGAGAUAUGCGACCCGACCUUGUCAAGGGUAUUGUUCAACUCGAGCCUUCAGGGCCUCCGUUCACGCUUCGCCCGCCGUUCGGAAGUGAUCCUGCGUUCGCUUUCGGCCUCACGGACCUGGCCAUCGGCUAUAACCCGUCAGCAGGCAAGAACGCCGAAGACAUUGAGACGGCCAUUGAGCCUGCAAUCGACGGUGAUCACAACGACUGCAUUAUGCAAAAGGCCCCAGCAAAGCAGUUAACGAAUUUGGCUAAGAUCCCAGAACUUGUAGUGACUGGCGAAGCAUCGUUCCAUGCGCCAUAUGACUACUGCACUGUCAAGUAUCUGGAGCAAGUUGGCGUAGAUGUAGAGUAUGCGGAUCUGGGCAAGGAAGGCAUCCAUGGCAACGGCCACAUGUUCUUCAUGGAAAAGAACAACCUCGAGAUCGCAGAUCGAGUGAACCAGUGGUUGGAGAAGCACUAA